AUGCCGCAACGGAGUCCCAAGUCCAAGGCGAGGGCCACGCCACAGCCGUCUGCACCAUCGCCGCCAUCGUCGCAACCCCUCCAAGCCGACUACAAAGCAAUUGCGGAACAAUGGGCCAGAGCGAAGCGCAUACAAGCAGCCAACGAUGCAGAGGCCGAGGCGCUUGGCCAGCCGAGCCAGCGAGAAGCUGCGCAAUCCCUAGAACGACAGCGCGAGAGGCUGAAUGAGGCGCGGCAAAGGUCGUACGAAAAACGGUGGUGGUGGACCGUCGCCUUCUGGACGUGGUUGCUGGCGAUCCAUGCUGUCGGCAUUUGGUUGUUCACAAGCGGCUUUCUGUUGACUCGACUGGUGCUGGAGGACAAGUCCAAUUGCACGAUCCCGCCCAUUGAAAGCAAAUUAGCGCCCCUGGAUAUUGGCAAGGGCUGUUGGCAUCCCAAGACUUUCGAUCACGCCGUAGUGGUUAUCAUCGAUGCCCUUCGGUACGAUUUCACGGUCCCAGAGGAUCCUGCCAAGCAGCAGGAAUUUCAUAACGCGUUCCCAUUUCUAUACGAAACGGCCCUCAAGUCACCUCGUAAUGCAUUCCUGCGACCCUUCAUUGCCGAUCCCCCGACCACGACGCUGCAGCGAUUGAAGGGACUGACGACCGGCACCCUACCUACAUUCAUUGACGCAGGUAGCAAUUUUGCAGGGUCAGCGAUCGAUGAGGACAAUAUUCUUAUGCAACUUAAGACUGCUGGUAAGAAAAUUGCGCAUCUGGGAGAUGAUACUUGGUGGGAUCUGUUCCCAGGGUACUUUGAGCCAAAUAUCAGCAAGGCCUACCCUAGCUUCAACGUCCCGGAUCUGCAUACUGUCGACAAUGGAGUGAUUAGCAACAUCUUCCCGUUGAUGGAGCCCGGCAAAAAGGAUCAGUGGGACUUGCUCAUCGGACAUUGCUUGGGUGUUGACCACGCUGGUCACCGGUUUGGUCCAAACCACAAGCAAAUGAAUGACAAGUUGAAGCAGAUGGAUAGAUUUAUUCGCGACCUUGCCGCUACCAUCGACGACAAUACACUGUUGGUGGUCAUGGGCGAUCAUGGAAUGGAUGCCAAAGGUGACCAUGGUGGUGAAAGCGACGAUGAAGUGGAGGCUGCACUGUGGAUGUACUCAAAGACACCAAUUUUUGGACGAACAUUGCCGCAACAUGCAAUACCUCCUGCCACGGCCAAAAUUAGGCCCGUCAAUCAAAUCGAUUUGGUGCCGACGCUUUCGCUUCUGUUGGGCAUCCCCAUACCGUACAAUAAUCUAGGUCGCCCCAUCGAAGAAGCUUUCGCUGGUCCCAAGGGCAAUGACUGGGCAAAUCUCGCAGCCGUGUCUCGCAUGGCAUCUGCUGGGAUAGAGAGAUACCAAAAGUCGUAUUUCGAGGCUCGUGGAAUGUCGCACAGCACAGAUGCCAGUUCUCCCGCUGGCCUGUGGACAGAAGCCAUCUCGGUGCGGAGCGACUCCCACCAAGAUGCUUACAAAGCCUUCAUCAGGUUCCAGGAGGAGACUCUCAGCGUAUGCAAAGAUCUCUGGGCGCGGUUUGAUGUUCCUCGCAUGAUUUUCGGUGUCAUUGUCGCGGCGAUCGGCGUUGUGCUGCUUGUACUCUACUCCUCGAGAACUGAGGAAGACGAAUUCGUCGUCAUGAAUGACGUCGAACUAGACUAUGCGGAGAAGAAAUUGGAGGUACUGGACUUCAAGGGCGAAGCCGAACUUCACGUUGAUCAAUUCUAUCAUAAGAAUAUGCUUCGUGGCCUAUGGGACACCCGCUUUCUCUUUAUUAUCGGCACCUUGAUUGCCGCCGGUCUUUAUAGACAGCAACCGAUGGACCGACUAGCCACUCUCGUUGUGGUUCUCAUGAUGACCGCAGUUGGCUCCUCGCUCCAUGAGAGCGGGAAGACAAUCAUGAACCUCCUCCCCAGGACAUUUUGGGGUUGGCUCUCUGUGGUAUUUGCUCUCAGUCAUUCCAUUGGUUUCGCAUCCAACUCGUAUACCAUCUGGGAGGACCAGAUUCUUCUCUUCUUUGUCGCGACUUUUGGUCUCGCAUCGGCGAUUUCUGCGUUCCGCCUCGAGUCCAAGGUAGACCGCACAAUGGCUAUCUACCAUUCGGUUGUAUUUAUCCUCCUCGGCCGCCUUGCGUCCUAUUCCAAGCUCUGCCGCGAGGAGCAAAUGCCCUUCUGCGUGUCGACAUACUACGCCACAGGCACUUCGACAGUAUCACCCUGGCAGCUGAUCGUUCCUUUCACUGUUUUCAUUGCUCUCCCUUCAAUCAUUAAAUCUUUCCUUACACCUACUAGAUCAUACGAAGGCCUGGCUCCCACUUGGAUCGGAUACGUGUUCCGUGUCGGGCUGUUCAUGUCCGCCAUUUACUGGACCAUUGACGCCACGAACAACGGUCGGUGGCUCGCUGGCAAGCUAUCCGAAGGAACACUCAAAAACAUUGGUGUUUACUUGGCCCAGACCAUUCUUGCACUCGCCUUGGUUGCGGGCACAACAGCGUUCAUUUGGGCGCCGCCCAGCGUUUCCAUCGUCUCGACGGCUUCGAGAACAGGCCAAGCACGAGUCGCCAUCCUCGGGUACAGCAACGCUUCGGGCUCCCGCUAUCUUCUCCUGCCCAUCAACAUACUUGCCGCUUGUCUCCUUCUAACCAAACCCAUGGGCUCCGGGGCCCUCGCCCUGAUGAUGUGGCAGAUCCUAUCGCUCGCUGAAAUCGUCGACCUCAAUAGCCUUAGAAACGAAACCAUUGGCCCUGUUAUGCUCGCCAUCCUCGGAAAUUUCUACUACUUCAAAACCGGCCACCAGGCCGUCCUGUCCAGCAUCCAGUGGGACAGUGCCUUCAUUCCCCUCUUCACCAUCCGGUACCCAUGGACUCCCAUCGUCGUCACCCUCAAUACAUUCGGUGGCCAGAUCCUCGCCGCCGUGUGUGUUCCCCUCCUUGCGCUGUGGAAGGUCGGCCCGAAGCAGAAGGGCGUAUUGGAGACAGUCACCCGCAGCCUUGGUGUAUUUAUUGCCUACUAUGCCGUGGAGGCGUUGACGACAAUGAGUUGGGCGGGCUGGUUGCGGAGACACCUAAUGCUGUAUCGGGUAUUUUGCCCGCGGUACAUGAUGGCGGCAGUCUUGCUAGUAGUGCUCGAUUUGAUCGUCCUGUUGGUGACGCUGACUGGGCUGAGGAGCAAUACACUCUCUAUCGGUGAAGUAUUCGGCUGGGCAGACUAG